AUGGAGAUAUGGCACUUGAGUUGCUUGGCAGCCACUCAAAAGUGUGAAGCGUGGCCUGUAGAUUACAUUGAGAACGAAGACCAAUCUUCAUCAUGCCCCAAGUUCCUUUUCUUUCUUGAUGCGGUUCUUUCACGCCCUGUUGUUGCUGUUGAUCAGGAGGAAGAGCAAGAACAACAAGAAGAUCAUGUGCCUUUACAUUACCAUGUGGUUUUGGAUUACAAUGUAGUGAUGGAUGAGGAGAGGUCCAAGUUUGCCAUUAAAGACAUGCUUUCCCAAAUUGGAAUAGUUCCGGUUCAGGAUUUCAUGGUGCAGAGAAUUUUGGACACUGCCCUUUCCAUGUCUAAAGAUAAACGCUUUGUGGGUCGGAAAGUUUUUCGGAUGGGGGUUCACAUUGAUGCUACUGUGGAUGAGCUCCCAUCACUUGAUGAUGAGGAUAAAAACAUGGCAGAAUUGGAUGAAGAUGAAAAUGACGAUGAAGACAUGGUAGUAUUGGAGGGUGAAGAUGAUUGGGAGCCGAAGUUUGAGCCAGCCAACAGAGUUUCCAUUGAAGAGUUGGAGAGGGUCAAGGUUGAAGGUCGUCUGAAAGAAGAAGUUGGAUGUUGUUCUGUUUGCUUUGACGAUUUCGACACUGGCGGUGAAGCUACUCGUAUGCCCUGCUCGCAUCUCUUUCAUGGAGACUAUAUUGUCAAGUGGCUCCAAAAUAGCAAAUUCUGUCACUUAUGUAGGUUUCAAAUGCCAUCUUGA